UUUGUUUUUUUAAACUCUAUCUGUUUGCCUAUAUAAAGUAAUAGAAUUGCAUUAACCUAAAAAAUGCAUAGCUAUACAACAACUAUUGUCACAACUUCAAAUUUGGAGUUUUAUACGAGGGAAAAAGAUUGCUUCGUAGGAAAAUUUGGCAAUUAUGACAAAUUAACAAUAAUUUUAUAUUAGGGUCAAAAUAAAAUCCACACACCGAAUUCAAAUUUUUUUUGGACUAUAAAAGGCAUAUUCCUUCCUUCAUUAAGUCAUCAGUUAGUUCUUUACCUUCGUAUAAACAGCAAACUAUAACCAUCAAUAUGAAAUUCUUUGCUUGCUUAUUCACUUUGGCUUUCAUCUCCGUCACUUUGGUUAUGGCCGAUAAGACAACAGAUAUGAAGAAUGGACUUUUGGGAUCCAGCUAUGGAGGUGGUUCAUAUGCAGCACCACCAUGCCCCAAAUCAUACUUGUUUAGCUGUCAACCAAAUGUGGCUCCAGUUCCAUGCGCUGCUGGUGGUGGUGGAUAUGCUGGUGCAUACUCAGAGUAUGUUCCACAAUAUGCUCUACCACAAUACGCCCAAUACCAACAAUAUGCUCCACAAUAUUGAAGGACAAAACUGGACUGAUAAGAUAAUUGCCUACCCGAUAUGUGAAAUUAAUUGGAAUUGUAUUUGUUAUUUGUU